AAAGGGAGUUUCUUCGUUAGGGAGCUCCCCACCUCCAAGGAAUCUCAAGUCCAGACCAAGACAGCAAAAACAUCUCGAUUUGCAAACCAAAGGAUUAUGAGACUAGGAAGGGCAUAAAGAACAGCAAAGCUGAAACAAACUUGAAUCCCCAGGUAGCAUACUACUGACAGCCACUUGUCAUCAUAGAAAAGGUCAGCAAAUUUGAAACUCAUCUUUGGAAAAGAAAAAUGCAUAACAUCUUUCAGUUCAACGUCUUUUAAGCACUUUUCCAGGAGAUAACCAGCGAACCUGUAUGUGGAGAGAAUGUUGAAGGCUACCUCAGAAACUACCAGUCUUCAUUGCCUGAUUAGUGAUGAAGCACCAACUUUUGACAGCCAUGAGGGGCAUAGGGAAUGAGAAUUGGGGAAACUGCCAGGACCCUCCAGAGGAACCAGCUGAUUUGUCAUCCAUGCCACCUCGCCACAAGCUAAGCAUUCACCAGGUUUCCUAUACUAUCAGGGAGCGUUUUGGCCCUUGGUGGGACAUUGGUUCAUAUUGGAAAAAAUGGACCAGAGAGAUCCUCAAAGACAUCUCUUUGUAUGUUGAGAGUGGGCAGAUCCUGGGGAUUUUGGGAAGCUCUGGUUCUGGAAAAACGACUUUGCUAGAUGCCAUAUCUGGCAGAUUAAGACGCAAAGGUACCUUCCUCGGAGAAGUGUGUGUGAAUGGGCAGCGGUUGGAAAGAGAGGAAUUUCAAGAUUGCUUCUCCUAUGUCCUGCAGAAUGAAACUUUGUUGAGUAACCUCACAGUACAAGAGACACUGUCUUAUACUGCAAAAUUGGCCAUUCGUGAGGGCUCCAAAGACUUCUUCCAAAAUAGGGCUUUGUGUCUCCUGCAGGUGGAGGCAGUAAUGGCGGAAAUGAGCCUCAGCCAUCUGGCUAACAAGCUGAUUGGGAAACGAGCCUCUGGGAGAAUUUCGAGUGGUGAAAGGCGCCUCAUCUCCAUUGCAGCCCAGCUCCUCCAGGAUCCUAAAGUGAUGCUGUUUGAUGAGCCAACCACAGGGCUGGACUGCAUGACAGCAAAUCAGAUUGUGGUAUUGCUCUCUACACUGGCCCAUCGAAACCGGAUCGUUAUCCUCACCAUCCAUCAGCCCCGCUCAGAGCUGUUCCAGCUGUUUGAUAAAAUUGCCCUUAUGAGCUGUGGAGAGUUGGUUUUCUGUGGGACGCCUGUGGAAAUGAUUGACUUCUUCACUGACUGCAACUAUCCUUGUCCUGAACACUCAAAUCCAUUUGACUUUUAUAUGGACCUGACAUCAGUAGAUACCCAAAGUAAAGAACGUGAAAUAGAAACCUACAAAAGAGUGCAAUUGAUUGGAUCUGCCUAUAAGACUUCAGUAAUUUAUCAACAAACUUUGGAGAAUAUAAAAAGAGUAAAACAUCUGCAAACAUUGCCACCAGUUCCUUUUAAAACUAAGGAUUCUCCUGGAACCCUCACCAAACUGGGCAUCCUCCUAAGGAAAAUAACGAGAAACUUGCUGAGAGAUAAAAUGGCAGUAUCUGUGCGACUCAUUCAGAAUGUGGUCAUGGCUUUGCCCCUGAUGUUUUUUAUCCUUCAACUGAGGAAUGAUGUGCUGAAGGGUGCUGUCCAGGAUCGAGUGGGCCUUUUUUAUACAUGUGUGGCCGGAUUACCGUAUACUGGCAUGCUCAAUGCUCUCGCUUUCUUUCCUGCUUUACGGGCCGUUAGUGACCAACAGAGCCAAGAUGGUUUAUAUCAGAAGUGGCAAAUGCUGUUGGCCUACAUCCUGCACGUUCUUCCCUUCAGCAUCCUCAGUGUGGCCAUGUUCAGCAGCGUGCUUUAUUGGUCUCUGGGUAUGCAUCCCGAGAUGGCCAGAUUUGGGUAUUUUUCUGCUGCUGUCUUUGUCCCUCAUCUAGCUGGUGAACUUCUAACACUUGUGCUACUUGGUGUGGUUCAGAACACCAAUAUAGUCAACAGUGUGGUGGCAUUGCUGACCGUGGCAGGAGUCCUUGUUGGGUCUGGAUUUUUGAGGAACAUAAAUGAAAUGCCCAUUCCUUUAAAAAUCCUGGGUUACGUUUUGUUUCAAAAAUAUGGUUCUGAGAUUCUAAUAGUCAAUGAGUUUUAUGGACUGAAUUUCACUUGUGGUGAUUCAAAUGGAUCAGCAGGAAAUCCACUCUGUCUCUUCACUCAUGGAAAUGAGUACAUUGAAACAAGCUAUCCAGGUGCCACGUCGAGAUUCACAACUAACUUUGUCAUUUUAUAUGCAUUUAUCCCUCUUCUUGUCUUUUUAGGAAUAAUUGUGUUCAAAAUAAGAGAUUACCUGAUUAGCAGAUAGUGACAAAUGCUGCCACUAAAAAAAAAAAAAACGAACUCCUACUUUUAGAUAAGCAAGAGUGGUUUAAAACCCAAAGAGUAAAAAUCUACAAGAUAAAUAUGUCUAACAAUUUUGGAAGUAAGAAUUCCGUGACUUUCAUUCUUGAUGCCAUCAAGAUCCUGGAGACUGUGAUCCAACUAUGGUUACAUGGGCCUCAGACUGUUGGGGAAAGAGCUCCUGGUUGCCAUCAUUUUGGCCCAUGAGUUUGCCGUGUAUGGAAACGUUGACUCAGCUAUUCCAUGAAAUGUCAGUAAUAAUAGUUCAUAGUGAGACGGCAUUUUAAGCUUGUCUUCCUGGUUCUGUACACAGAGAAAAAGGUCACGGGAAAAGAACGGAGCAUAAUGAUGCUACUAUUUAUCACAUUUACUCUGACAAAGCUAUCUGGGAAAAGAAAUGGUUGGCAUGAUUAUACAGUCACGUGGGGAAACUGUGGGUUGGAAAACACUGUGGAAUUAGGCAAGACUGCAUUAUUCUUACUUCACUUCCUUAAAGAUUCAUGAUUUCA